GCCGUUCAUGCCAUGUUUGUUAGUGGUUUUGGCCCCGUUUCCCACGUUUAGGUGCGUGUGUCUGUAUGCCAGCCUGCGGUUGCUGGAACACGCGUGUGUGUGUGUGUGUUGCUUUUGGAAUGCAGAAAGGGGCAAGGACGUUACUCGAUUCCCAAACCAAUCACAACCUCCAGCAGCAAUGUGUGUGGGUGACAGUGAGAGUAUAAACACACCGGUGAGCAGACGGAUGACAGACUCGAGAGACCAGCAUCACCAUCGACUGAAGAACAAACCCAGACCUGAAGAGCCAUGAAGACUCUGAGCCUCGUGAGCGUCUGCGCUCUGCUGGCUGUCUGCGCGUCUAUGGGAGUGUACACAGAGCCAGACGCCGCAGAUGAACCUGCAGCCGAGGUGGUGCUUCCUCCCACCGGAGCUCCGGCUGAUUCCGACUCUUCCUCAGCAUCCUCAUCUGCCUCAGACUCCUCUUCCUCUUCCUCUGAGUCUGACUCCGCAUCCGAUUCCGCAUCUGAUUCCGCAUCUGAUUCCGCCUCAGAUUCUGCCUCAGAUUCCUCUUCCUCAUCUGAAUCAAACUCCGUCAGCGCUGAAGGAACUCCUGCCCCUCAUGUGCUGCUGAAGAGAGACGUGGCGGCUUCACUGCUGCGACACCGAAGAGCUGGAGCUCCUGCAGCCAACCUGAGCCCUCAGCAGCUGGAGAGUUUGCGAGAGGUGUGUGAGGUGAAUCUGGCCUGUGAACACAUGGCUGAAACCGCCGGGAUCAUAGCAGCUUAUACAGCAUAUUAUGGACCAAUCCCAUACUAACACACACACACACACACACACACACACACACGUUUACUUAGCUAUCUAAAUGGGGACAUUACAUAGAUUUAUUUUCUUUUUAUAUACAGACAGUAAUAGAUUUUAUAACCUAAACCUGUCCCUAUCCCUUACAGAAAACCUUCUGCAUUUGCACAAUUUUAAAAAAAACUUUGUUUACUUUAUUUUUAUAACUGUUUUACAAAUGAGGAUGUCCCCAAAGAGAGAUUUUUGGCGAUUUUGUCAGGUUUACCUCACUUUUGGGUACAAAUGUGUCCCCAUAAUAUGGUAAACACACUCUCUCUGUCACACACACACACACACACACACACACACUCACACACUUCACAUUGACCUCUGAUGUCUUCAUACUGAUAUAUUUAUACACUCACACAAACUUUCCUGUAUUUUGUUCAUUUUUUAGUGUGUUUUUAUGCCAGACAACUUAAUGUAGGUGAUUUCAGGUUUUGUUGUCCUUUCACUGGGAGAAAUCAGUGAAAUAUGAUUUUUCAUGUUCAUAUGCCAGUGAUGGAGACGCUAUAGUGCAAUUAGACUCAGAUUCCUGUGUUAGUGAAAUGUUUAACUCCUCUAUAUUAUGCCUGUUUAUAGAUAUGAAACAUAUAAUUAGACACGUUAAAUAGAUUGUUGAAGUAGUAAAUGAUUCUUUUUGUUAGUUUUUGUAAAUCAAAGGUGCUAUUUCACACUGACUGAAGGCAGAAUUAUUUUUGCUGUCAUGUUCUGUAAAUAAAACACGAGCUGUUCAUUGACAACGUGCCUGAAGCUGUUGAGAUUUUUGUCAAUGUUUUAUUGUAUUGUGCACAUAAUAGGCCUACUUGUAUAGAGAGUAUGCUUUAAUAAAGAUACAAUAUAUAAGA